UUCUCUUGGCUACAGUCUUCACUAAGCUGGUGUAUUAGAUCACUAAGCCCUAACUUAAUCCUGGGGAAAGUAUUUAAGUGUUGAUUAGUAUUUUGAAAACAGUUCAGCUGGGAUAUUUGCAAAUUAGUUCUGCAGGACAGGAGACUUAUAUAUAAAGGACCUGUUUCUUUGUCAUUGUCUGGUGGCCAGCUAUUGGAGAGAAGUGUCAAGAUCUACUCUACACUCUGUACUCUAUUCUACAGAUAGUCUACUACAGAUAUCUCAGUACAGAUUGUCACUACUUACUGUUAUAAUUUCAGGAUUGAUCUCAGCUCUCCACUGACCAACUUUUUAUCACCUGUCUAUUUAGUUGCGUGGGUGUCUGCUAAUAAUAAGAAUCAUGCACAGAAGAACAAAUUCAUACAGUUACACUGUGAACAGCAACAGCGUCCCUCCACCUUUAGCUGCUCUAUCAAAGAAGCUACAGCAGAACGAGGAGUUUGUAAGGAGUACGCUAGACAGAAGGAGCUACAAGUCAAGCAACAGUUCCCUCUCCGCUAAUAAAGGCUACAAAAACGUCACGGUUACUCUAGCUGUGCCCGGCAAAGUGAAAUACUCGGUCGAAGAUAUGUAUCGACCCAGAUCUCCAGUGAAAGUAAAUCAUAAAAGCGGGCCCAGAGGCUCACCAGGAGCCACUGCUGGAACAGACACUAUACCAGAGCUGGACUCGUUGCUCUGUGAUAUAAAGGAGCAACUGUCUCUAAUGAAAAGAGAGAGGAAUGAUAUAGCAGAUAGACUCAGUAGCCUCUCCUGGGGGAUUGAUGAUACUUUUGAUGAACUACAAGCUAGCAUUACUGCUUCUGCAGCAUCUCAACAGCAACAACGUAGCAAUUCAAGCUUGCGUCGUAUACACAGUCUUGAUUCAAGCUCAUCACUUGCUUCAUACAGUUUAACCCAGCUUCCUGAUAAUAUAAUGGAGACUGCCAUAUCAGAGGCAGAUUCAGCUAGCAUGUCAAGUGUGGAUAACAGUCCUUUAUUGAUCCAUAAAUCUGGCACUGCUCCUGAUACUGUAUCCAUCGAUUCUCUGACCAAUUCUGGUAUUGCUGGUUCCCAUUCUCCUAGUAUAGUUAGACGUAACAGCAGUUUAACAAGGAAAGGAAUGAGCAACAGGUUACCAACAAUACCAGACAGAGACAGCGCAAUGUCUUUCAUCGAGGGAGUUGAUGGAGAGAUUGAGAGAGGAGGGGAGAGUUCGUCUGACGAACUUCAAGUAAGUCCUUCGUCUUUCCAGCAAGUAUCUCCAGAGAACUCAAGUCCAAAGGUACUCUUUUCGCCAAAGAAUUCAAAAUCCCCCAAAGUUUCUUCCCCAACUGGUCUUUACUAUACAUUACCAAAUCGUCACUCGUCUACUCCUUCUUCCCCGCACAACAGAACCCCAUCAAGCAGGUUGGACGCGUCCGAUACAGGUUUAUUCUGUUGGGAUAAAGCAUCGAUUAACUCAAAUGACAGCUCUUCGAUGAUACUCCAAAUUAGCUCGGCUACAGGUCAGUUGGAGAAAGUGCCAAAAACAUCCAGAUUAUUGUUGUCUUCUAAAGUUGACAGACAAAACAAAGAUCAGGAGUACUGCUCACUGCCACAAUCCUACCGUCUCUCUGUCUCCUCUUAUUACAUUGGGCCUGGGUUUGAAGACAGUGAUAGUAUGAUAAUGAAGCUAUCAGAAGAGCCUAGUGUCCCCUCAAGAUCUAACAGCAUAAGUAGUGUAUUAUCAUCACACUCAGCAAGAUCUCACAAACUAAGUACAUCAUCAAGGAACAGUGUAUUGCUAAACUCUAAAGAAACAUCAGUAUGAAUCAAACGACCUCCUCAAAUCUAACUGAUACAUGAUAUACUCUCCCUCUUUCUGUAUUAUAAGUUAUUUUAUUAUGAAAUGUAUUAUUAUUAUAAUUAGACAUGUAUUAUUAUCAAUCAUUAAAUUCUUGUGAUAUUUUAUAGUCUGUACACUUUAAAAUACUCGGAAAUUGUGCCAAACACA